AUGCCUCGUCUUCGCGUUCUCGCGGGGCCCUCGCCUUCUUCGCUGACCCCAAUAACGCCCAAAGUGAACACAAACCAGACCCACACCAUUCGCUCGGAUGCAUUCGAAGGCGAGGUCGUUGUCAACAUCAAAGGCCUUGUAGAUGAGAACGGCGCAGUCAGAGACAGCGAGUAUUUCGGCAGAGAAGACAGACAAGGAAUCACCUGGAGUAUCCAAGUCCAAGGUCGCUUCCUGACCCGCCAUUCUGCCGACGACAUCCUUUUUGGGAAUACGUUUGAUAAACCACUAAAGUUGCCUUGGGGCUCCGGAGCAGCGCUCAAGUUCAUGAAGUACAUGGACCCCGUGCUGGAGCACGAUUUAUCCUCUCCCACCAAGCCAUGGGCGCUUUCUCCAUUAAUUGCUACGAUGCCGCAUUUCGAGCACAAACGCCUUUCGUCUGAUCAAGCGAGUCUUCCUGCCUUCCCGCCCAUCCAGUCCAUCGCCGAUGACGUAUCGCAUGUCCGUAUUGCAUCGUCCCCGCCCUCAUGCUUGUCCUCUCGUGCAUCUUCUGCGUCGUCGUCGUCGUUAAGCUCCAAGUCCUCGUCAUCAUUGUCUCUGGCAUCCACCUCAUCCUCGAAAUCCAACACCUCAUCCUCGAGCUCGAGCUCCAAGUCCUCAUCAAGAUCUAAGGGCAAGAAGAGGCGGUCCCUGUCAAACGCGAACCUCUACUCCGCUUCUGAUCGACGAUCUCAUUUUAGCGACGUCGCGAAUCGGCAAGAAGUAGAGUUUGGGCCGCAAGAUCUGAUCACGACGGAUUUUUGCUACGGCUUUCUGCAGUUUAGUCCGUCGCUUGCGCUUGCGCUUCCUGGGGGACUGUCGUUCGACCUGAUGAGGUAUUGGGACGGGCAGCCUGUACGGUUCGUGUGUUGCGAGAGGAAGGGUGAGGAUGGUGAGGAACCCUGGGGGAGGAUAUUCUGGUGUGUCGUCAUCGAAUUGGCCGAGGAUUAG